UGGGUGGUUGUGUUUUAAGCUGGAUUUUAUGUCCUGCGUGGAUUUCUAAACUCUUGCCGGAUCUUUGGGGGAUUUUUCACUUUUAUCAGGUUGACCUGUGAUCGGACAUUUAAUCCUUAAAAAAAAAAAAAAGGGGGCCCCAAAUCGCCAAAGGAUCUCAGUCUGUGGUCACACUUCCAACCAGCAUUAUAAAAGAGUCUUUAUCUUCCACAGACCACAAACAAUGAAACUGUUUCUGUCCUGUAUUCUCCUGACAGUCGGACUGGCCACUGGGUACCGUAGUCCCCUGAAUGACUUCCAGCGCUCUGAGGGCAGAGAGCUGGUUCCUACCUCCUGGAACUCAGCACGAGUGUUGCUGUUACCGGGACUGAACCUGGAGGAUUGUGCUACACGGUGCUCACAGUCACUGGACUGCAGGGCGUUCAACUAUGAGACACGUCCAGCUGUCACCUGUAAGCAUCUGCCUUGGGUGGGUGAUGGCAGCAACGCUGAGGUGAAGAGAAACGUAAACUGUGACCUUUACGAGAAGAAGGUCUACGUCAGAAAGUGCAUCGUGGGGAAAGGGGAAGACUACCGUGGGAAAGUUUUCAGCACAAAAAGCGGUCUCACCUGCCAACAGUGGUGGUCCAAGUUUCCUCAUGAUCACAGGUGGACUCCCACAGCUGCUAAUGGCCUGGAGUUGAACUACUGCAGGAAUCCAGAUGGAGAUCGUAUCGGUCCGUGGUGCUACACCACAGAUCCUGAGCGACGCUAUGAAAGCUGCAAUAUUCCCCAGUGCAAAGAUGAGGUAUGUAUCACAUGUAAUGGAGAGGACUACAGAGGCCAGGUGGACCACACUGUCACUGGCAGAGAGUGUCAGAGAUGGGACCAGCAGUACCCCCACCAACACAUCUACCAGCCUGAGAAGUAUCCCGAUAAGAGUUUAGAUGACAACUACUGCCGUAAUCCCGAUGCCUCUCCGGUGCCCUGGUGCUACACCACAGACCCUGAGGUGGAGAGGGAGAACUGCGAGAUCAGAAAGUGCACUGAGGUCCGCGUUGAGAAACGGCAGCGCUCCAGCUUCACCACCAACUGUUUCCGUGGCCGUGGGGAGGAUUACCGCGGGAAAGUAAACGAGACGACAUCAGGCAUCCCCUGCCAGCGGUGGGAUGCCCAGCAACCUCAUGAGCACCCCUUCUAUCCAAACACAUAUGAAUGCAAGGGUUUGGAGGAGAACUACUGUCGUAAUCCAGAUGGGUCAGAGGCUCCUUGGUGCUUCACAUCUGUGCCAGAGAUGAGGACUGCUCUCUGCUUACAGAUCAAACGCUGUGCAGACGACAUAGAAGCUGAGGAUUGCUACCAUGAAAAUGGAAAAAACUACAGAGGAAUGGUCCGCAAGACCCGUAAGGGCAUCACCUGCCAGAAAUGGAAUGUUAACACACCUCAUCUGACCAAGAUAAACCCAAGGACACAUCCUGAGGCCAAUCUGACAGAGAACUACUGUCGUAACCCAGAUGGGGACCAGCAUGGACCCUGGUGCUACACCACUGACCCCAAAACAGAGUUUGACUACUGUGCCAUCAAACAGUGUGCUGGAGAGAAAGUGUCCCUGACUGAAUCAGUAGAAAAGGUUGAGUUUAGUGAAUGUGGAAAGAGAGACGACCGUUUCCAGAGUACACGGCUGCGUAUCGUGAAUGGGAUUCCUGGAAACUCGCCGUGGACAGUGAGCCUCAGAGACAGGAAAGGAAACCAUUUCUGUGGAGGAUCCCUGGUUAACCCCAGAUGGGUGAUCAGCACCAAGCAGUGUUUCUCCUCUUGCUACGUGGACUUGCCCGGGUACUCAGCUAUGAUGGGAACACUGUUUCGUGACCCACAAGAAGGAGAGCCCGGCGUGCAAACCAUCCCUCUCACCAAGAUCGUCUGUGGACCCUCUGAGUCUCAGCUGGUCAUGCUACAAUUGGAAUACCCUGCCCAGUUUAAUGAGCGUGUCUCUCAGAUCUGCCUUCCUCCGGAGCGCUACAUAGUCGCUGAGGGGACGACCUGUGAGAUCGCAGGAUGGGGUGAGACAAGAGGGACUGGAGAUGAAACUGUCCUUAACGUGGCCCAAAUACCAGUUCUUAGUAACAAGGAAUGCAACAAAUACUUCAGAGGUCGUGUUCGUGAGAAUGAGAUGUGCACAAGCUCUUUCCAGGGUGGAGUAGGUGCCUGUGAGAGAGACUACGGCGGCCCUUUGGCGUGUCAGAACAGGGACUGCUGGGUACUCGAGGGUGUGAUCAUCCCCAUGAGGCGCUGUGGACACCCUGGGCAGCCCAACAUCUUCAUCCGUGUCUCUGUCUACGUGGACUGGAUCAAGAAAGUCAUGGAGAUGGCUUAGACACUUACUGCCAUCCAACAAGGGACUGAUCAAAUCCACUAUAAACCCCUCUAGAGCAGUCAGUCGACCAUUUACAUUUCUUUCUUCUCAGAUAUUUCUUUUACAAUUAAAAUACAAAUAAUACAUCAAGAUUCUAUUCACAUUUUAUUAUAUCAUUAUUGUUUCAUAAAAAAAGAUGCACAAAACAUUGCAGGUAAAUGUGUUUCUUCAUAGUUAAGAAAUUAAUUUUUAUGACCAUUUGCACUCAGUUCAUCCUUUUCGCCAGAAAAACUAAAAUUAGGUGGAUUAGAUUAAAUUCAUGAACUGCUUGUUGCAGUCAGCCAAAAUCCAUCAAACAGAAUGCGCAGAAAACGUUUACAUUUCCAAAACAUAAUGAUGUAUGCUAAGGUGCAAAACAAAGAGCCAAGCGGAAAUUAUUUAGCAUAAAAUGUAUAUAAAGUUGUUUGAAUUUUACAUAAAUUUAACUUUACUUGAACACUGCCUAUUUUGUAUUUCUAAGGAGUACACAAACACUGAAUAAAUCAUUUUUAACACACUAUAUUGUGUAAUAAACGCUUAGAUGUGCUCACAAUUACUUUAUAGCGCGUUUAAACAAUUUAAUAAAUGAUUAUGCACUGCGUAUAAAAGCUAAAUAGGCAGAGUGAAUGUAAAGUGCUUCCAGUUUUUGUUAUUUAUUCACCAAAAACUAAAAAAGAUGCAAGGAUCAAAACUAAUUGUAGCCCCUCGGGCACAGAAAAGAAUGGCUGGGGCUAAUUAACUUCCAAUAACAAAGAAGGUGUGCUGGAUUUGCAGCACAGUUUUUAAGUUCCUAACAUCCCCUGGAAAUGCACCCUUUACCACAAAACUGUACGCCUCCCCUCCUCUCCCUGGCAUUGAAUGGAGCUCCAAAAUACCUUCUUUGCCCCCAGCCUCUAAAGAAAUCCCUCCUCUGCCUGUCUUUUGAUGCCUGCCCCCACCUCUAAAGACAUGCCUUUGUGCCUUAUGCAGAACUGUAUGCGCUGCACAUUCUUUCUAGUUCUAUAGGAGGAUUUUUGUAACCCGGUCCUGAUGAGCCCACGGAAUUCAGCUUAAAUAAACCUCAAGAUCAGAGUCCAACCGAAUCUCAGACACACCAGCCUGCAGAGGGCCACUGAACUCUCUCUGUCUAACACGCACACAUUGAUACACAUACAAUAGGUCUCUCUCAUGCAUGUCUCCUAUUCCCUGUUAUAUCGCUGUUUUUUUUCUUGGUAAUUUUCACAGCACAAAUUUUUCUUUUGUCUUGAACAAUCAGAAGAUAUUGACAUUUUAUUAUCAUUUUCAUUUUGGCAGAAAUAUGAACUAAUAAGAGUGAAGUGUAGACCAUGUUCACAGCUAACUAAUAAUGGCCAAUUACCGCCUGCUCUAUAAAGAAUUGAAAUGGCAGGUUGACAGUUAAGGUUCACUUUCAUUUAGUAAUAUUUAUAGUGGAUGACUAAUCAAAUUCAUAUAUGACUACCAGUUCUGAGCAACUGUUGCCAAAAAGCUUCUGGGAAAGCUGACUAAAAUUUUUAACAAAUGCUGCUGCAAAAA